AUGUUUGAUUACCAGAAAGCUGCUAAUAGAGAUAAUAUCAAUGUAUUGAAUAUUAACAAAAGUGAAGAAAAGGAUGUGAUAGUUUGUCUAGCAAAAAAGGAUGAAACAUAUGAAAUAAACAAUGGAGACUCUCAUGUUUCCUG